CCCGUGAGGUGGGUGGACUAGGUAUAUCCGUCUAAACAUGGCAACUCACGAAGGAGAUUCAGAAGCCGGUGCUGGAGGAAAGAUGUGGAUGCUGUGUGCUGCACUGCUGGUUCUGAGCUCUGUCAGCUCUGUUGAUGGAGACUCAAAAGCUGUUACCACAACACUGACCACUAAAUGGCCCUCUACACCUCUCCUUCUGGAGGCUAGUGAAUUCCUUGCUGAAGAGAGUCAGGACAAGUUCUGGGACUUUGUGGAAGCCAACCAAGAUAUUGAGAAGGAUCAUGAUAACACAGAUUUGGCUUACCAUGAACUGAUCCUGAAGAGGGCGAGUGCACUGCUGAGCCAAGUGCAGCUAAACCUGCUGAAGUUUGCUUUGUCUCUGAGGGCCUAUUCAUCCACCGUUCAUUCUUUCCAGCAGAUCGCAUCUAAUGAGCCUCCUCCACCCGGCUGUAAAGCUUUCUUCAAUGUCCAUGGACAAACAACUUGUAACACAGAAAGCCUUAAGGCCAUGAUAGAUACUGCCUUAGAACGGCCAAAACCACACCUGUUCAAAGGUGAUCACAAAUUUCCUUCAGCCAAUCCAGAUGCACCUGUUGUGAUUCUUUAUGCUGAGACGGGCACCAAAGAGUUCUCAACAUUUCAUCAACUGAUGCUGGGCAAAGCCAACAAGGGCCUGAUCACUUAUGUUUUACGCCACUUUCUGGCAAACCCAAGCAAAAGUAAAGUGUAUCUGUCUGGAUAUGGAGUGGAACUGGCCAUCAAAAACCAAGAGUACAAAGCUAAAGAUGAUACACAAGUUCAGGCAGGAACGGAUGUGAAUGCCACGGUAAUAGGUGAAAACGAUCCUGUGGAUGAGGUUCAGGGUUUUUUGUUUGGCAAACUCAAGACUAUUUAUCCUGAACUAAAGGAACAACUAAAGGAGCUUCGUAAGCAUUUGAUUGAGAGCACCAAUGAGAUGGCCCCUCUUAAAGUCUGGCAGAUGCAAGAUCUCAGCUUUCAGACUGCCGCCCGUAUCCUUGCAGCUCCUUCUGUAGAUGCUCUCAACGUCAUGAGGGAUUUGAGUCAAAACUUCCCCACCAAAGCCAGGUCUUUAACAAAGACGGUGGUGAAUUCAGAGAUUCGUAGAGAGAUUGAGGAAAAUCAAAAGUAUUUUAAGGGCACAUUGGGCCUCCAGCCUGGUGACUCAGCUCUUUUUAUCAAUGGACUUAGUAUUGACCUGGAUGUGCAGGACAUCUUCAGCAUCUUUGAUAUGUUAAGGAACGAGGCGAGAGUCAUGGAGGGUUUACGCAGUCUGCAAAUAGACACCCCGUAUAUCCACGACAUCCUGAAACUUAACGUCCAGCCAUCAGAUUCGGACUACGGCGUGGACAUCCGCAGCCCUGCUGUUAACUGGGUUAAUAACCUGGAGACAGAUGGACGGUAUAUGUCCUGGCCGUCGAAUGUACAGGAGCUACUCCGGCCCACCUUUCCUGGAGUCAUUCGUCAGAUCCGCAAGAACUUUCACAAUUUGGUGAUGAUCGUGGACCCGACACAUGUGAACACGGCUGAGCUGAUCAGCGUGGCUGAGAUGUUUUACAGCAACAACAUCCCACUCAGAAUUGGACUGGUGUUUGUGGUGAAUGAUUCUGAUGAUGUUGAUGGGACGCAGGAUGCUGGUGUGGCCCUGCUGAGAGCUUUCAACUACAUUGCCAGUGAUGUGGAUAACCAGAUGGCAUUCGAUGCCGUUGUAUCAAUGCUGAACAGAGUUCCCAGUGGAGGCCGGUUGAAGGUGGAGAAUGUGGUGGAUGUGAUGAAAAAGAGAUAUCCCUACAUAGAGAUCAGCAGCAUCCUGGGGCCUGACUCUGCCUAUGACAACAACAGAAAAGAGGGGAAAGCAUAUUACGAGCAGACCGGUGUUGGCCCUCUGCCCGUGGUCUUAUAUAAUGGAAUGCCUUUACAACGUGAGCAAUUAGACCCCGAUGAGCUGGAGACGGUCGUCAUGCACAAGAUCCUCGAAACCACAAGCUUUUUUCAGCGUGCAGUGUACCUGGGUGAACUAAACAGUGAUCAUGAUAUGGUGGACUUUAUCAUGAAUCAACCCAACGUGGUCCCACGAAUCAAUUCCAGAAUCCUGACCACCAGCAGGAACUAUUUGGAUCUCUCCGCCACCAACAAUCAUUUUAUCGAUGAAUAUGCUCGGUUUCUCUUCCUGGACACCAAAGACAAGAACGCAGCAGUGGCCAACAGCAUGAAUUACAUGACAAAGAAAGGAAUGGCAUCCAGGGAUACUUCUGAUGAUGGCAUCAUCCGUCCUGUGACUUUCUGGGUGGUGGGUGACUUCGACCAGCCCUCGGGAAGGCAGCUGCUGUACGAUGCCAUACGACACAUGAAAACCAGUAAUAAUGUCCGUUUGGGAGUGAUCAAUAACCCCAGCGAGAGCCCAUCUAAUGAGAACAGUCUGAUAGCUCGCGCCAUCUGGUCAGCCAUGCAGACACAAACCUCCAACAACGCCAAGAACUUCAUCACCAAAAUGGCUAAAGACGAAACUGCACAGGCUCUGUAUGCAGGGAGUGACAUUGCAGAGUUUGCUGUUGGGGGCAUGGAUGUUCCUCUGUUUAAGAGUGCGUAUGAAUCUCCUAAAGUGGACUUCCUGUUGGCUCACUCCGUCUUUUGCCGGGACGUCCUCAAGUUGCAGAAGGGUCAAAGAGCUGUGAUCAGCAACGGCCGGAUCAUUGGUCCACUGGAGAAAGGGGAGAUCUUUAACCAAGAUGAUUUCCUGCUUCUAGAAAGCAUCAUCCUGAAGACGUCAGGGGAGAGGAUCAAGGGCAAAAUUCAUCAGCUGGGCAUGGUAGAGGACAGAGCUAGUGAUUUGGUCAUGAAGGUGGAUUCCCUGCUCUCCUCCCAGCCCAAAGUUGAAGCAAGGAUGGAACACACCUUUGCAGAAGACAAAUACAGUGCAAUGAAGAUCAGGCCAAAGGAACAGGAAGUGUACUUCGAUGUGGUUGCUAUAGUGGAUCCAGUGACCAGAGGUGCUCAGAAACUGGCACCUUUCCUCCUGGUCCUGAAGCAGCUGGUCAAUGUCAACCUGCGAGUGUUCAUGAACUGCCAGUCCAAGCUCUCUGACCUCCCGCUGAAAAGUUUCUACCGAUAUGUCUUGGAGCCAGAGAUCUCCUUUUCGGCAGACAGCAGCUUUGCUCCAGGUCCGAUGGCUAAAUUCCUGGACAUGCCUCAGUCGCCCCUGUUCACUCUCAACCUUAACACCCCCGAGAGCUGGAUGGUUGAGUCUGUCCAUACUCGCUAUGAUCUGGAUAACAUCUACCUAGAAGAGGUGGACAGUGUUGUGGCCGCCGAGUACGAGCUUGAACAUUUAUUACUGGAGGGUCACUGUUUUGACGUAACGACGGGUCAGCCGCCCCGCGGGCUGGAGUUCACAUUGGGCACUGCUUCUGACCCAGUUAUAGUUGACACCAUCGUCAUGGCCAACCUGGGUUAUUUCCAGCUGAAAGCAAACCCAGGAGCCUGGAUCCUCCGACUACGAAAAGGCCGGUCGGAUGAUAUCUACAAAAUCUACAGUCAUGAUGGCACAGACUCCCCAGCCGAAGCUGAGGAUUUAAUCAUCGUCCUUAACAACUUCAAAAGCAAGAUCAUUAAAGUGAAAGUGCAGAAAAAGCCUGACAUGAUGAACGAGGAGCUUCUGAGUGAUGAUACUCAUGAGAACGACUCUGGAUUCUGGACGUCUCUAACCAGAGGGCUUACUGGUGGUUCCAAACCAGACGAAACCAAGCAGGAGAAGGACGAUGUCAUCAACAUAUUCUCUGUGGCCUCCGGUCACUUAUACGAGAGGUUUCUCAGGAUAAUGAUGCUGUCUGUGCUCAAACACACCAAGACACCUGUCAAGUUCUGGUUUCUCAAAAACUACCUGUCUCCAACUUUUAAGGAAUUCAUUCCAUACAUGGCAGAGAAACAUGGCUUCCAGUAUGAGCUUGUACAGUAUAAAUGGCCACGCUGGCUCCACCAGCAGACAGAGAAGCAAAGGAUCAUCUGGGGAUAUAAGAUCCUGUUUCUGGAUGUGCUUUUCCCUUUGGCUGUGGACAAAUUCCUCUUCGUAGAUGCCGAUCAGAUAGUUCGCACAGAUCUGAAGGAGCUCAGGGACUUUGACCUGGAGGGGGCGCCCUACGGUUACACUCCCUUCUGUGAGAGCCGGACAGAGAUGGAUGGAUACCGUUUCUGGAAGUCAGGCUACUGGGCCAGUCACUUGGCAGGACGUAAAUACCACAUCAGUGCUUUAUAUGUGGUGGAUCUGAAGAAGUUUAGGAAGAUCGCAGCAGGAGACAGAUUGAGAGGCCAGUAUCAGGGUUUGAGUCAAGACCCAAACAGCCUGUCCAAUCUGGACCAGGAUCUGCCCAACAACAUGAUCCACCAGGUGCCGAUUAAGUCACUUCCUCAAGAGUGGCUUUGGUGUGAGACCUGGUGUGACGAUUCUUCUAAAAAGAAAGCCAAAACUAUAGAUCUGUGCAACAACCCUCAGACGAAAGAGCCAAAGCUGCAGGCUGCUGUGCGUAUAGUAUCAGAAUGGAGCGAAUAUGACCAGGAGAUUAAGAGAAUCUACAACCACUUUUUGGAAGAGAAAGAGAGAGUCGGAAUAGAUAGCAAUCAGACAACAGACAGAAAACACACAGGUGGUGACAAGCACACAGAGCUCUGAUCUGAUGCUGUACAUCUGAUGAAGAGGGGACUCUGUUUAAAGAGUCGUCUUUUCUUCACUCGUUUUAAAUAAGCCUAUCCUCCAGGUUGACAUUCAUGCUGUACUUGACUUGAAGAGAAAUAAGGCAAAUUCCCUCUUUUGUAUCUGAAUGGUUGUGGUUUAUGUUUGAAGGUGUUGGGUCAGGGUAAUGACAGACAUAGGGCAUAUUUUCUCGCACUUUUAAUGAUUAACCCCAAAACCACUCUAAGCCUGACACAUAUAUGCAUUUAUAAACAAAAGCAGUUUAAACUUGAAGGCAGGGCCCAUAGGGAAAGAUUUCAUUGAGCGAGCCACAAAAACUGCAUGUGCACAAUUUUUAAUAUAAAAAGGUUUGGUAAAUGUCUCUCUUAACUGUAAUCAUGCACUGAAAAUGAUGAUUAAAUCAUGAAACAGAUUUUGUGGAAUUUUAUGAAAUAAAGAAAUUUAUCAUGAAUUUUAUGCAAUUAAACAUCAGAAAAAUAAGCCCACCAACCAAAAUAUGUUUUGAUGUUCCAGCAUUUUACAGCUGAAUAUGUUUUAUUAAACAUGUUAUGUUAAUUAAACAAUAUGGUUUAAUUAAAAUUCUACGUUUAAGAUUAUUAGUAUUUAUUUGGGGGGCCGCAAAGCGAUUCACCCUACACAAAGAGGGCCUUACAACGAAAAAGUUUGAGAACCACUGCUUUAGGAUAUUCAUAUAAUAUUCUUAAAAACAAUCUUGCGAGUACAUUCUUCAAUAAUUCUCCUGUAAAAUCGUUUGGUUCAUCUGCACUGUAAAAUAAAUUACGGAAAAUGUACUGGUAGUUUCCGUUAAUGCUAAAAUGUAAUUCAAUGCAUUGCAAAAUUUUAAAUACAGGUAAAACAACUGUAAAAAAUAAAUACGGAAAAUACAGUAUAUAUAUAUAUGCCCUAUUUUUACAGAUUUAUUUUUACAGUGUGGAGUUUAUGAUGACAUGAUAAACAUUAUAAUAUUGAUAUUAAUAAUAAUAUUAGCAUUAUACUUCAAAAAGGCACACGAGAGGCUUUUACCAUAGAAUUUCAAACUGGUAACUUGGUAACACUUUACUGGUACUUUUUUAAAACCAAAAGUUGUAACUGUUAAUAUUAGUUAAAGCACGAUUAACUAAAGUAAUCCGUUGGAUCAACAUUAACUAAAGGCUGGAAUACACUAUACACGACUUUAUAAAAUCUGAACGGAUGAAAAAACAGACAUCACACACUUGCAGACUUUUCGAAAGUUUGCAGAGGAAAAUCGGCAUAACACACGCUACAUAAUGAAAUCUGCAGACUAGCGCAGACUUUCUGCAACAAGUCCAGACUGAAAAUCUGGUCAAAAUCUGAGCAAAAGUCUUGUAGUGUAUUCCAGCCUUAACAUUAACAGAGGUUAUUAAAUGCUGAAAAACUGUUUUGUUGUUCAUUGUUAGUUCUUUUAGGUAAGGCAUUUAUUAUUGUUAACCAAUACAACAAAUACAAUAUUGUAAAGUGUUUCCAGUUAUUUGGUUUUUAGUAACAGUGGUAAAAGCUAAGCAUUUUUUAAUCGGCACACAGAAAAUGUUAAGUUAAAUAUGUUUGUUUCAGAUAUCUCUGGCAGUAUUGUCAGUUGUUUUGGCUCUUGGUUAUAAUAAUUUAUUAAAGCUUUUUCAGUUCAUUAACACAGAUCAGUGUAACCCCAAAGGACCAAAAGGAAGAAAAUAAAGAGAUGCUGGAGGUUAUUGCAUAAUAGUUUUUUUAAUCUGAAAUGUUGUUUUUAAUGUUUGUUUUUUUCUGUCACUGGAAUCCCUAUACUGUAACUCUUGAAGUGGUUUCCUUUUCUGAAUAUUUCUGUCGUAAUGCUUUGUGGGUUUAAGAAUAGGUUGGGUUGACCACUGGUUUCAUACAAUUAAUCAUCACAUGGGCUGUUUAUAUAAUUACAUGCAUAUUAUCUGUAUAUUGUCAGAGUGAAAAUGAAAACAGGGCUUGUAGUGCCUUCGGUUACAGAUUUGAGAGGUACAUUACAUUAUCUGGUUAUUGUUUAUAAUUGUUUAUAUUGUUUAUAGGCUACAUUGUUCUUAAAGUAAAUACAGUCAAUGGGUAAAAGGACUGAUUUAGUCCUUGCUAUGAUCCUAUGGAAUAACUGUAAGAAUACGUGUGGGAUGACAAAAUUUUGUAAUAAAAAUGUAUCAAGUGGUUCAUUAAGAUUUGGCACUAAUAAUUGACAAUUAAUUAUUAUUGCUUAAAGUAAACUUCUUCCACGAAAAACCCGUAUAUAAUAAAAAAAAACAUUGGUUGCGAUGCAAUAGUCUGCCACACGAUGGCACCACAACUUAAUACGAGUAGCUAAACCCUUAUUCAUGUCUUGUUGCAAAAGAUUGAUGCUGUUUACAUUGUCCAGUAAAAAUACUCUUUUCUUUAAAUAUUUGUUUUAUAUAACUUUUCUAGCUACAAGUUAAUAGAUGAGGAUGUCUUGCACCACUCUCAUCAGUACAGUAUCACUCAGUACCUCAAUUUUUUCAAACAUUUUUUCAAACAUUUGCAGAUCUCAAUAUCUCUGUGACCUUUCAUUUUAGUUUGUCCUUGAAGUUCAGAUCUAAAUACGAUGGUAGUAUAAUAUUUUUACUGGUGUGAUUGUGUUAAACAGUGUUAAAUGUGUAUUGGUGGUUUACAAAAGGCAGGUUG